AUGGGGAAACGCAAGCAGGACCUCGGCGAUGUGCCAAUGGGUGGUACUGGGCAGGCCGGCGACUCCGACUCCGACGACGACGUGGACAUGGUCAAUGUCGAUUUCGAAUGGUUUGACCCGCAACCCGCCGUUGAUUUCCACGGUCUUAAGAAUCUCCUGCGUCAAUUGUUCGACAAUGAUGCCCAGAUGUUCGAUUUGUCCGCGCUGGCUGAUUUGAUCUUGUCGCAGCCGACGUUGGGCUCGACGGUCAAGGUGGAUGGUAAUGAGUCGGACCCAUAUGCGUUCUUGUCGGUUUUGAACCUGCAGGAGCACAAGGACAAACCCGUCAUCCAAGAUCUGAUCAACUACUUCAAGGCCAAAGCCGCCGCCAACCCCGCCCUCUCCCCCUCAACCAACUCCUCUCGCAAACCCCCAUUCCCCCAAUCGGCCUCAUCCUCACCGAGCGCAUGA